UUACAGAGUUCAGUCGGGCUAUCAACUCUCAGGAAGCCAAGGAGAUUGCUAGGAAUAUCUUGCAGCAGAUGCUGAACCACAGAACAUCCUUCAACAGUAGGCUUGCAGAACUGAUCACAGAGAAAUGCCUCAAAGGAGAACUUCACAGUCAUUUACUUAUUUUUAAGGAUACAUAAGGAAUCAUGGUGAGCAAGGAGGGGGACAAAUGUGUGCUGACAUCCUCAGAAAGUGAAGCCGAGCCAACUGUUUCUUUAGCCUUAGACAUGAAAUAUGCAUUGGACCCCAACCGGCAGAUAAAAAAACGAAAUAAAGCCCUUCAAGUGAGGUUUAAAGAUAUUUGUGAGGCUCAGAACGAGCAGAGGGAUAAACAGCUUUCUACGGUGCCGCAAAGUGAGAAAAAAGACACAAAGUCUCUUUCUUACAAAGCUUAUCGGAAGUACAUGACAGUGCCUGCUCGGCGGUCUAUACCCAACGUAACCAAGAGCACAGGGGUUCAGACGUCGCCGGACCUGAAAAAGCGCUACCAGACUUUUCCUCUUGAUCGCAAAAAAGGAAAUCUGUUGAAAAAUCCUUCUGGCGUGGAAUUGAAGGGUCAAAACAAUGGAUUCCUAAUAGAGGUAAAGGAUACAAAAGAUCACAAAAGCUCAGGGGAGUCUAACCGAUGCAGCAGGGUCAAUGACCAAGUGGUUGCUGAACUGGUAGUACAUUCGAGUGAAGACAUGGAUGUCAUUACUUCUAGCAAUUGUUCAGAUGCAUGUGGAAGCACUGAUUUGCACAGCUGUACUAAAGAUUCCCCCUCUCCUCAGAACCCAGCAAUCUCCACAUCGGAACAGGUCAUCUGCCAUCUGCAUGAAACCACAAAAUAUGACAAAAGGCCAUUAGGAAACACUUUGCCCCAUCACCCGGCACAUGUUAAAGUUCUUCUGAAGGAGGAAGCCACCAUACACUCACCUGCCCUCAACCCAAACCUAGCCGACCCUGAAGACUUGAGUGACAUGGAAAGGACAGUUUGCCCUCUGACAGAUGACGAAGAUAAAAGAACUGCUCACGUAAACGGCCUACAAGGCCAAGAUAUGAAUGCUAAAGCGUGUACAACACAGUCGCAGUGUCAGUCGACGGAAUGUAAUGAGCAGGACCUGCAGAUAAAUGUUUUACCCGUGGAAAAAAAUCUGCCUUGUCAGACAGCAGUGGCUCUGAGUGAUGAAUGCCAACAAAUUGUGCCUCACACGGACGUGAUAGACUUAAAAGCACAGCUUCAGACCAUGGAGAACCUGAUCAGCUCGAGUCAGGAAACAAUCAAAGUGCUUUUGGGUGUUAUUCAGGAGCUGGAGAAGGGAGAAGCUCACAGAGAGGGACUGUCAUAUCGGACUGGCCAAGAUACAGCAAACUGUGACACAUGUAGGAACAGCGCAUGUAUCAUAUACAGUGUGGAACUGGAUUUUAAGCAGCAAGAAGACAAACUACAACCAGUUUUGAAAAAACUCCAUCCCAUUGAGGAAACUCAGGUUGCACCUUUGCCUUACUCUGCAGAGAGUUACACAUCAACUCCCAAGCAAAAAUCCAAAACAGAAUCGAAAAAGCAUGGAAGAUGGAAACUUUGGUUCCUAUAGCUAAAACUGCUGAAACAUGAGCCUCUGGCCUUUACAGGCGUGUCCAAGAGAAUACAAUAGUCCAUUAACAAAAGGGAUCUUGUUAACGCAAGGUUAUCAAGAAGCAUAUGUUUGGUCAGUAUGCAGAUAUCUACUGUGUGUACCAAAAAAGGCCUUUAUACUUGCAUCUCACUUGCAGGAGCAAGGUAUAAAAAUAAAUCACAACAUGCCAACUUUUACUAGCAGUUCACUUCUCGGGAUGUAAUCUGGAUUAAAAAUUGUAUUGCCAAGUGUGAAGAAAAGAAACGGAAAAUGUCAAAGUUUUUGUUUAUUUUGGGUCAGCAUAAAAAAAAAAAAACUAUCAACGGCUAUAAAUCUGGGUUUGAUUUUUAUGUGCUUUUUGUUUCAAACAUGAAUCUGUGGAUAAAGAUUAUAGCCUUACAUUUAAUAAAUAAAAAAAACAACAGGGGGGGGGGGUGUCUUCCAUCUAACAUUUUAUUGCAAAGUUCAAGCAGGGGAUGAGUGCAAUUUUCAGCACAUCAAAAUCUGGAGAAAGCACAAAUUUUCUAAUGGUCGGAGACCAAAGAAAAUCUCUUAGAUGUGACUAAUUAUAAGUUAUGCCUUCCCAUGCUAGUCAUUUUCACGCUCACUUUAGUAUUACAGAAAAGACAUUUUAAAAUGCUCAUGUUAGAGCAGCCAGGCAUAUCCCAAAGUCAGAACAUGCCUUUAAUCUCAUUGUUCGUUGACAGGGUCAAGGAUAUGGGAUGCUAUGUUUUCUUAGAUCUAAUUUCUAAUGUUUUCGUACCCAAAAACCUAGAAGUAUUAAAAAGAAAAAAAAAAAUAUAUAUAUAUAUAUAUCUAAAAAAAAAUAUAUAAAAAAAACACAUAUAUAAAACAUAAAAAAAACAGGAACCCCACAGUUCUGGCUAAUGUUUCAUAACUAAUGUUGGAAUACCGUUCAGUCUCGACCUUACAAAGUUUUGUAAGUAUUAAAUGCCAUACCAUUGUAAAAGAAGCCAAGACAACUUAUUUUUUUUCCUUAAUUUGGCAUUAUGCUUUGUUAUAAUAGGUCAUAGAGAUCUACAACUUUUUCAAUAAAAAUUUUAUAAUUUAGAUAAGUGGAAUUUACAUUUAUUAUUCAACAUCUGAUUAAAGAAAAAAAUCUGUAUAUUGAUAUUUUCUAGGAAAUUUUAAAAUAUUAAGAUUAAUUUUACUAUUUAAUUGAUGAAAAGUAAAUGAAUGAAGGAUUGUUUCGCUACUUAGUAUAGAAAAUACAGUUAUUAUACGCCCUUAAGUGUGGUCUCACACACAAUGUUUAGGUUUUUUUCCCCCCCGGAAACCUGCCAUUGCCUUUUUUUAAUGCAGUUUUUCUGAGAAAAAGCCAGAAACGAUUCCAGAAGGAAGAAGAGGUUUAAAUGUUUUCUUUAUUUUUCUCAUUCCUUUUGAAUUCACUCCUGACUUUAGCUAUAAAAAAAAAAAAAAAAAAAAAAAAAAAAAAAAAAAAACUGCGGUGGUGUUUUCCCAAAGAAACACUGUGUGAGAAACCACCCUAAGGAGUGGGGAGGGGGAUAAAAAAAAUAUAUGUAUACAUAUAUAUCUAUAAAUAUAAUUUUUGCAAUACACCCUAUAGCUUAGAUCUGUUUGGAAGUGCAGAAUGAAUUUUUCUACAGUACAUUAGGAGCAGUAGCUUUCCAGAGAUGUAAAAUAAAAUUUAUAUUGCUGAAGAAUUAUUUAUAUUUCAGAACUUAACUUAACUCAAAAUCUAUCCUACACGGAAAGGGGUCGGUUGGACUCUAGACAAAGCUAAGUUCAUCUCUUUGGGAAAAAAAAAUAAAAAUCUAGUUUAUUUAAAGGAACACUAAAUUUUUUUUUAUUUCAGUAAUUUCUUUCUCAAGAUACUUAUUUACUAUGAUCAUAUUUUGUUUAAUAAUGAAAUUAAAACUGAGAAAUAUAGAAAUCAUUUUUUUCUUAUGCUUCCCAAGAGAUGCUAUUUCUUCUCUCCUACUUAGGCUGGGUUCACACCACGUUUUUCAAAUACGGUAACCGUAAACGGUUUUCCGCAAAAAAACGUAUAUGACCCUAUCAUAAACCGUAUGCAUAGAGAAUGCAUUGUAAACCGUAUUCCAAAUGUUGUGUACGGUUGCAUCCGUUUUGCCUCGGAUACGGUUUUGCCGAUUUUUUCAACCGUUGGCAAAAACGCUGUCGACCACGUUUUUGCCUCCGGUUGGAAAACCGUAUGCGAACCGUAUGCGGUUCUUUUAACAUUGUUGUCUAUGAGAACCGUACACAGAAUUUCAGAAUACGGUUGCACACGGUUUUUCUAAUCCGUUUUUGGAGUUGACACAUGCGCAGAUCUUUCUAGAAUUCAUCCCAGACAUCCCACUCCCACAUCCCUUGGAAUUUCAAUAGAACAAUAGUAACUUUAUUAAAUUGCUGGAAAACUAAUUCCAAUCAAAUAGCAAAACCGUUGGCAAAAACAGAUGCAAACGGAUAGAACCGUACAUACGUUUUGGAACCAUAUACGGGGAAAAACUGUAUACGUUUUAAUUUGGAGUCAUACGGUUGCAUACGGUUUUUGCCAUACAUUUUUUAGCGGAAAACCGUAUACGGUAACCGUAUUUGAAAAACGUGGUGUGAACCCAGCCUUACAAUCCUGUAUCUGGUUAUAAGGUAACUGGCUGCAGAAGGAGCCUCCCCCCUCUGCUCUUUCUGCAACAGGAAAAAUAACAUCCACCCCAUAAACAAGCCCGCUCCUCAAAGGUGCCAGAUAAAAAUGGAAGAAAUGAGGGGAAAUAAUGUUUUCUGUAUUUUAUUUAUUUCUAUAUUUUUAUUUAUUAUUUAUAUUUUUAAAGUACCUUUAAAGAGGGAAUAGAGUUUAUAUGGGGCAGGCUGCUGAAAAUUAAGUGCUCCAUAUUGAGGAAAAUAAAAAUUCUAUAAUGGAUGCAGACUACUAGACAAAGGUCAUGAUAAGAGGAGGUAAUUUUCACAAUUUCAAUAGUCAGAGACAUCUGAACCACAGAUCUGCCAUACAGGAUUUAGUAGCUACCAAUACACCCCAAUGUAUACAAAACAAUAAAUAAGAGUGUGAAAGCAAUGCAUAGAAUUAAAGUUUAGUAUUAAAAAAAAAAAAAAAAAAAGUUAAAAAGAAAAUGCAUGGACUGGAAUUUUUUUUGUCACUGGUAUUGGUACAUUCAGGAAAAGGUGCUUUAUCUUCUAUCACUAUGUGAUUAUUUGAAGCAAGGACUAACAUUUCUCAUGAAUAUUGUACAAAAUCUGUAUUCAUGCCCAGCUAAAUUUAUGCUUUAUCAUGAAUAACUUAUCAGAAUCGCUUAAUAGGGCUACAAAAAUGUAUAUAAAAAUAUAUCAAAUUAUUUUUGUGUAUAAUAUAGUCUGUGUAAAAGGGAUAGCAGUAAUGUGCCAAGGAGGAAGUGCAAUUGAUUUAUUUGCUUGGUGGGGAAAAAAAAUCUAAAUAUUCCUGUAUUUUAUAAUUUAUUUUUUAUUAGUUUAUUGAAAGAUACCUAUGUUUAUACUGCACAAGUAACACUAUGUUUUAGAACCCAAAUAAAGUUUUGCCCACACAUUAUUGAUUACAUUAAAAGAACAGAACACAAGAUGAAACACUGGUUAUCAUUUAUGAGAAAAGAUGUAUUUUCCAGAUUAUAUUUCUAUUACAAGAAAGAACCAUAAAAAAAUAAAAAGACUUUAUUCAGUCACAAUUCUCUGAACAUGUACAACUAACCGUGGCUUUAUUUUACUUUAUGUUAUAAGAUGUUGUGUGUAUUUUCAGAAAUCCAUGGUCGAAGAUUCAUUGUAUUUUCAUCUAAGAACCUCCAAUACUAUAGCUGCACAGGGUAUUACACCAACAAGCAAUACCAACAAUCCUAUUACCCUACAGAUAAAAACUAUUUUGCUCAGUUAUAAUUUUGAUUUGAUUACAUUAUGUCUACAUAUAAAGCUGGCCCUACACACAUUAUAUACUAAUUUUUCAAAUCUUGGCGGUAUGGAACGACCACCUAAUGUGUAUGGCAGUCUCCUUAUUAUUCCUAAAUAAUAGAUAAUGGGGGAGAGAAGGAUCACAUCGUUCGAUAUUAUAACAUGCCGAUCUCUUGUUCUCUUGUCCACAGUGGUGUCCUGCAGCGCUUUACUGCCCUCUCCUUACUUACAGCAAAUGCAUGUUUGGCUUAGCUGAGCGUGCAAGUAUAUUGGGGUGGUCAGGAGAUAUCGGCUUGCAUAACAAGUGUUUGGGCCCACACCUAGAUGUAAGGUAUGAGCAGCUUAGGGCCACAUUUUUGCUGUGUUCGAGCACAAGAUUUGGCACAGACGCAGUGAAAGCCUAAUGAGUUAUCCAUAAACUUAUUAUGUAUUGGCCAAACGACUAUCCUUUUUCCAACUGUUUUACUUCUACAGUUACAAACUAUAAUAAAGAAUAUAUAUAUAUAUAUAUAUAUAUAUAUAUAUAUAUAUAUAUAUUGCACAGUAAUUUUUUUUUUUUCAGUAGAAGGAAAUAGCAGGGGUUGUACACAUCUGGGGUAUAUUCCAUAUUACUACCUGCUGAAUGCAGCGCAGAUACACAGUAUGAUCCUGGCCCAAAAGACACCUCAACGUACAAAUUAUUAAAACCUAAACAAAACCUGUCAACAAUUAUUACACACACGUGUAUAUAUAUAUAUAUAUAUAUAUAUAUAUAUAUAUAUAUAUAUCUCUAUACACAUACACAUUAUAUAUAUAUACACAUACAUACACACAUUUUGAAAGGAUCUUUUGGGUUUUAAAUGUGUAUCAGUCAAUGAGCAAUAAAUAUAUAGACCAAAUUUUCCAUAUUAAAAUAGAUAAAAAAAAGUGUUACAAAAAAAAAUAAAUUUACGAAAGGUAGACCGAUUUCAAGAAACAGUCACGAGCCUAUGACACUCUAUACCAUAACCAUUUACAAGAGACUCAAAGAUAUAAAACAGUAAGGGCAGAAAGUCCUUUAUUCUUACUGCACUGAAAUUGGAUGCCUAGAUAGAGCAAAGCCCCUGUAUAUUCAGCAAUGCAUAAUAUAUCUCUAAGGAUCAGUUCACUUUUGUUACAGAAAUUUUGUGACUGUCCCAGUUAUUUGAAAGGGGCUUGCAGAAAUCCAUGUGCUUGCUGUCAAAACAACCCUGGUUCAGAUAAACGGAACUAUUUUUCAAUCACAGAAAUGUGCUUCCCAGUUGUAGAACACAGCACAUCACUUGGAAAUUAACUGGAUUUCUGCAUUGAUUACUGCAGAAAUCCAGGUGAUGCCGAUAAAUAAUUCCACUUACUAUUUCUACCAACUAUAUAUUGUUCUGAGCUGCAGUUGUGGGUUUGUUCACACCACAUCAGAUUGUAUGUGUGCUGCUGCUACACAUUCUUAAAUUUGUCCAGAAUUUUGCAGCAGAUUUCACUGCAAUUCCAAUUACACUCACAUGUAACAAAUAUGAAUUACACAAAUUUUGGUGCAAAUUUUCAGGCAUCUUCCACAACAAGAAAAAAAGAAUCAAUAAUGAAAGACAAUGUUUCUUCUUUGUUUUGUUUGAAAGGUGAACUUCAGCAUUUGACAACUGAUCCUUUAACCACAAGAUCGUUUAUAAGUGUCCGAUCGCGGGGGGUCUAAUUCUGAUGCCGAAAUCUACCAGCCGAGUACAGCACUGGAGAUCAUGGGGGGGGGUACCUGUGGUUGGAGAUCUGGAGAUCAUGGGGGAUACCACGACCAGACACUAAACCCCUAUAUUGUAGACAUGGGAUAAGUUGUCAAAUGCUGAAGUAUCCCUUUAACCAAAAAAGGACCUUUUAAUCCUCUAGCAGAAAACUAGUUAGCCCUUUGGGGUAAUACAGAGUACAGUAAGUGCUCUAGGCAAAUUUAAUAUAAAGACUGUAUGUUACCAUCCAAGGAAAUUGUAAGGAGUAAGUUGGUAAAGAUACACAAUUUAUUUGUACUGAAUGGGAAUUUGGACAAAGUUGGUGCAGAAAAAAACAACACAUUUUUGUUCCACUAUGUGUUAGGCUGUGGUCACACCUGCACUGAAGGCUCUGUUGGGUGCCUCCACCGCAGAUGCUGUCAAAAAUACAGGAGAAAAACAUGCCACAUCCUGCACUAUUUUGUCCGGUAAAAUGAGGCACACCAUAGCGGAACCACCACUGGCAUACAGCAUGCAAUGGAUCAGCUGACAGUUUUUACGUUGUUCUGCUACUAGUUUCCAGUAGAGCAGUGGUCUUCAAAAUGUGGCCCUCCAGAUGUUGUCAAACUACAACUCUCAGCAUGCUCGAACAGCCAACAGUUGUCCAGGCAUGGUGGGAGUUGUAGUUUGGCAACAUCUGGAGGGUCCCAGUUUGGAGCCCAAUGGAGUAAAACAACAUAAAAGACAACAGAGUGGUCAGUACCGGUGAUGAAGAGGUCUUUCCAGUUCGGAACACCCAUUUAGCAAUUCAAUUUAAUUUAAUUUGGAUAAAAAAUUAUUUGAAUAAAAAUUCACUUACAAUGAGCUCAGAAUCCCGUCCCAUGGAUAUAACUGUUCUGUUUACGGUUCUCAGAAGUUUUUCCAUUAUUAUCUGAACGUGUCGCUGUGUUGGACCCUGUACGAGAACAGACAUUGAAACGAUAAGAUAUUUGUGUUCUAUUACGUGAAAUGCUGAAAUUCAUUGUUAAGAUCUCCAAACCGCAGAGCCAAGAGGAACACGAUAAAUCGAAAACCUACGAAAGACAGAUUCAGAGACCUGAACUCAUACAGAGAUUACACAAGUCUUUACAAUGUGCAUUUUAUUCUAUUUUUAUAAUCUUGUAAUAUAUUUAUGAUCUGAAUAUGUUUUGACUUAAGCUAUAAGCUUUAAAUUGACUUUCUAAAACUGAAAUAAAUGGCAGAAUCCUUUUU